AUGGAUUCUUGGGAUGAAGAUACUGACUGUUGCAAAUGGGAGGGUGUGAUGUGUGAUAACAGGAAAGGCAAUGUGAUCGGUCUUGAUCUCAAUUGUAGUGGAAUAAGUGGUUCUCUCCAAUCAAACAGUUCCCUCUUCUCACUUCAAAACCUUCGAUCGCUCAACCUUUCCGGUAAUUGUUUCCGCAACUCUAAAAUCCCAUCUGAGUUUGGGACAAGGUUUUCAAAAGGGUUACCCGGCUCAAUUGGUAAUCUUAAACACUUGAAAACACUUAACCUUGAUAGUUGUGUUUUUAUCGGGUCAAUCCCUUCAGCCCUCGGAAACCUCACAAAAAUCACCUUCUUGGAUAUCUCAGGCAACAUGUUCCAAGGGCAAAUUCGUGAUGUUUUUUGGAAUUUAAACGAUCUAAGUUUCAUGGAUUUUUCCUCUAACAAUUUUAGCGGUCUCUUCCCAUCAUUAGCAUUUAACCUCACCAGCCUUACUUUCAUGGACUUCUCUUCUAAUUUCCUUCAAGGUACCCUGCCCAACAACAUAAGUGGACUUUCGUAUCUACGAGAACUCCACUUAUAUGCAAACUUGCUUAAUGGUAGAGUACCAGGUAGGUUGUUUAGUCUACCAUCUUUGAAGUAUCUAAACCUCGGCUUUAACAAACUUAAUGGUCCCAUUGACACAAUACAAGAGGCCAAUCUAGUCCAACUUGUCGAUUUAUCAAAGAAUGAAAUACAGGGGACAAUUCCAAGUUCUUUCUUUGACCUCAUGAACCUUACUAUUCUUGACCUUUCAUCUAAUAACUUGAGUGGCAAUAUCAAGUCAUGCAUGCUUGUGAAGCUUAAGAAUCUAAGGUCGCAUAAUCAUUCAUUUAACAACUUACUAUCAUUAACUAGGUGUAGUAAUGAUGUCAAUUCUACCCUACCCAUGAUAAUUAACUUCCAUUUCUCUUCUUGCAACAUGCAAUGUUUCCCAAGCUUCUUGAAUGCAUCCAAGUCCUUGCAAGUUUUAGAUCUUUCUAAUAACCAAAUUCAUGGUUCUAUUACAAAAUGGGAAGCCGAAGGAUGGGAGGGCUUGGACACUUUGAACCUUUCUAUGAACUUCAUCACUACAGCAGAGCAAAUUCCAGGGAAGCAUAUGUUUAUUCUGGACAUUCGCUUCAAUUCACUUCAAGGACCACUUCCAACUCCACCACAGUUGGGAAGAACUAUUCCAGAUUGUUUUGGGACUUUUAGCGACCAGCUUUCAGCAGUUGUUUUGGGAACACUUAAUCUCAAUGGUAACCAACUUGAAGGAUCAAUUCCACCGUCAUUAAAGAACUACCACAAUUUGGAAGUUUUUGAUUUGGGAAACAACAACAUAAAUGAUACAUUUCCUUAUUGGUUAGGUACGCUUCCACGUCUGCAAGUUCUUGUCCUUCGUUCUAAUAGAUUCCAUGGUGAGAUGCAAAAUUUCAAUGGAACAUUUUCAUUUAGCAGCCUUCGAAUGAUUGAUCUCUCUCGAAAUGGGUUCACUGGUCACAUCCCACCUGAGCUAUUUGAAAAUUUAAAAUCAAUGAAAGAUAUUCUAGUAGACAAAAGUGGUCCAAAUUACAUGGGAGGAAAUUAUUAUCAAGACUCUGUAAUUAUAACAAUGAAAGGGUUGGUUUUCAAGCUUGAGAGAAUUUUUACUUCUUUCACAGUUAUUGAUUUUUCUAGCAACCAUUUCAAGGGAUCGAUUGCAAAAGAAGUUGGAGAACUUAACUCACUCAUAGUGCUCAACUUCUCGCACAAUAGCUUAGCAGGUAAUAUCCUACCAUCACUUGGAAAAAUGGCAGCACUUGAAUCAUUGGAUCUCUCAUCAAACAAGCUUCAAGGAAGAAUCCCAAUGUAG